AUGUGGAACCAGCCUUACCGGAAAUAUGACGUGGAAUCCGGCGCCGAGCCGCUGUACCCGAUGAUGCUUGAGAGCCCCGAACUCCGUUGGUCCUUUAUCAGGAAGAUUUACACUAUAAUCAGUGUACAGCUGCUCCUCACGAUCGCCGUCGCCGCCGUUGUCGUCACGGUUCACCCGAUUUCCCAGUUCUUCGCCACCACAAGCUCCGGCCUGGCUUUGUACGUUGUGCUUAUCUUCACCCCUUUCAUUGCUUUGUGUCCUUUGUCUUACUAUUACCAGAAGCAUCCGGUGAAUUAUAUCCUGCUUGGGCUGUUUACUGUGUCACUGGCGAUUGUUGUGGGGCUGACAUGUGCUUUCACCAGCGGUAAAGUUAUUCUGGAGUCCGUUAUUUUAACGGCUUUUGUCGUAGUUAGUCUCACACUGUAUACUUUUUGGGCGGCAAAGAGAGGCCACGACUUCAAUUUCUUGGGACCGUUCUUGUUUGGCGCUGUUAUGGUUCUCAUGCUGUUUGUGCUGAUUCAGAUGUUUUUCCCAUUAGGUAGGACGAGCAUGAUGAUCUACGGCUGCUUGGCCUCGAUUAUCUUCUGUGGGUACAUCGUAUACGAUACUGACAAUCUGAUAAAACGGUACACAUACGACCAGUACAUAUGGGCUGCUGUUGCUCUGUAUUUAGAUGUCAUCAACCUUUUCCUCUCGUUGAUGACUAUUUUCAGAGCGGCCGAGAGGUGA